AUGGCUCCCGCUGAGCAGCGGCUGGACCAGGAGUCAGGUGUGAGCACUUGCAGCCUCCGGCCAUCACAGACAGGCGUGGCUGCUCUGCUGGGCUCUCCGGACCCAGCAGGACGGGACAUCUCCAUCCGCCCUCUCCUGGAGCACUGUGAAAAUUCCCACAUGACCAUCUGGCUCGGCAUCGUCUAUGCCUACAAGGGGCUUCUCAUGUUGUUCGGUUGUUUCUUAGCUUGGGAGACCCGCAACGUCAGCAUCCCCGCCCUCAACGACAGCAAGUACAUUGGCAUGAGCGUCUACAACGUGGGGAUCAUGUGCAUCAUCGGGGCCGCCGUCUCCUUCCUGACGCGGGACCAGCCUAACGUGCAGUUCUGCAUCGUGGCCCUGGUCAUCAUCUUCUGCAGCACCAUCACCCUUUGCCUGGUGUUUGUGCCAAAGCUCAUCACUCUGAGAACAAACCCAGACGCAGCAACUCAGAACAGACGAUUCCAGUUCACUCAGAAUCAGAAGAAAGAAGAUUCUAAAACCUCCACCUCAGUCACCAGCGUGAACCAAGCAAGCACAUCCCGCCUAGAGGGCCUACAGUCAGAAAACCAUCGCCUUCGGAUGAAGAUCACAGAGCUGGACAAAGACUUGGAAGAAGUCACCAUGCAGCUGCAGGACACACCAGAAAAGACCACCUACGUUAAACAGAACCACUACCAAGAGCUCAACGACAUUCUCAACCUGGGGAACUUCACCGAGAGCACAGGUAGGAGGAGGCAGGGCCCCUGCCUAUCAGACAGCAGCCAUCCAGCUUCCAUUUUACAAAUGAAAAAACAAGCUGGGGUGGUGGGGGUGGUCUGA